AUGGUUGCAAAUGAUUUAUGGGAAGAACCGAAUGAAGCAGAGACUAGGGUUGAUGGUACACCAAGAUUAGAUUCAUUUUUUAAUAAGGAUGGAUUAUUAUUAAGAACAUACUCAUGGACUGUUAAGAAGGCUGUGGGUAUUAUUGUGUUAUUACAUGGUCUGAAUGCUCAUGUCAGAUUACAAUUUUUAAAACAAAAUGUAGAAGUGGUUAGUAAUGAUGAAGUAAUAUUAAAAGAUAUAGAUAAUUAUUAUGUAUAUAAAGAUAGUUGGAUAGAGAAAUUAAAUGAGAAUGGUUUCUCAGUUUAUGGUAUAGAUUUACAAGGUCAUGGAAAAUCUGAUGGAUGGAAUAAUUUAAGAGCAAAUAUCAAUUUUUUUGAUGAUUUAAUAUAUGAUGUUAUUCAAUAUAUUGAGAAAAUUAAUGAAGAUAUAUCAUUAGAAUAUAAAAAUGAAUCAAAUAUUGGUGAAUCAAAUAUUGAUGAAUCAAAUAUGGGUGCAUCAUAUAUGGGUGCAUCAUAUAUUGGUGAACCAUAUAUAGAUUUAUCAAAUAUGGAUGCAUCAUAUAUAGAUUUAUCAAAUGUGAGUACAUCAAAUAUAGAUUCAUCAAAUAUAGAUUCAUCAAAUAUAGAUUCAUCAAAUAUGGGUGCAUCAUAUAUAGAUACAUCAUAUAUUAAUAAUGAAGAUAAUGAGAAACCACCAAUAUAUUUAAUGGGGUUAUCAUUAGGAGUUAAUAUUGCUUUAAGAACCUUAGAAAUAUUAGGAAAAACAUGUGAUUAUAAAAAAUAUAAUAUAAAAGGAUGUAUAUCCUUAGCAGGGAUGAUUUCUAUAGAGAAAUUAGCAUCUACUUGUUCAUAUAAAUAUAGAUAUUUUAUUGUACCCUUUUCGAAAUUAUUAUCUUCUUGCUGUCCUACAUUUAGAUUACCACAAAAUUUUAAUUUUCAGAAAUUUCCAUAUGUAAAUGAUCUUAUUAAUUAUGAUACUUAUAGACAUGAUAAAUGGAUAACGAUUAAAUUUGGUCGACAAAUUUUAAAUUCUAUAAAAAAUUUAAAUAAUGACUUGAAAUAUAUACCAAAAGAUAUUCCUAUACUCUUUGUACAUUCGGUAGAUGAUUGUGCUUGCUAUUAUAACGGUGUAAUUAAUUUCUAUGAAGCUUUAGAAUCAGAUAAUAAAGAAGUUCAUACUUUAUAUGACAUGGACCAUAUUUUAACUAUGGAACCUGGGAAUGAAGAAGUAUUACAGAAAGUAAUUAAUUGGAUAAAUAAUUUAGGUAAUUUAAAAGAAAAUAAGAAAUAUGUACUUUAA